UUAGGGUGUGCGGUCAGUGUUAGAUGUAAUAGUGAAAGCGGAGGUGUAAAAUGACCGGGCUGAGUCAAGUCCUGGAGGUGUAGGACAGGCUUCAGCAGCUGAGUGCUUUAUAUUCGUUCUCAUUACUUCCUCGGCUGCAGUCCUCAUAUCCAGGCCUUACACUCAGCAUCUUACAGCGGCCCCAGUCGUGUCUAUUUCAUACCCUUAGAUUUAUUUAUAGUGACAAGCAGUUUAUGGAGCUUGUUCUAUCGGUCAUAUGAUGGAGCUUCCCCCUCCGGAGCCGGGACUCCCGGCCUCUCCCCCUACCCUCCCCGGCAUGUCCUCUCUGUCCUCCGCCGUGAUGCUUGUGCUGUUCGCUGCUUCCCUGUUUACAGUAUUGGCCUGGUUAAUCCAAGUGACCCGCCGCUUCCGUGCUGCUGCACCCCCAGCCCCCGGUGCUCGGAGCCUCCUCACUGCUCUGUGCGGUUUCCCCUCAGUGCGGGACAGCUGGGGCCGAGCCUGGGCCCGGGCACUGAACCAGGAGGCUGCUAGAAGUCGGGGCUCUGUGCAGCUGCAAUUUGAGGAAAGUACCCACCUGCAGCCUAACCCGCACAUCAGUCAUGUGAUCUGCACUGAACAGUCACACAACCAAAUGGCGUUUAUCUGUCACCUCUCCGCAGACACAGUCAGAUUUCCAGUAACUGUCACUCAGGAGUCUCCUGCUGCAGUUUCUAUGGAAACGUACCAGGUCUCCCUUACACUCCAUCAGGCACAGAUGGAGGUGCGGUUACAGGAGCUACCUCAGGAGGGACUUCUUAUGUCCUGGGGGUUCAGGGAGCGCCCCAAUAUCACACUUGAAGUCACCUCCAGGCAGUCUCAUCAGAGCCAUGAAGGGGGUGCCGAUCUAUGCACUGUACAGGAACUCAUAGAGGAUGCUCUUCUCAGUGCGCAGCCUGCCAUGGUGUUUAAUCUAAAGGCCCGUGACGGAGACAUGGGUCUUUGUGAUAGGCUGCUCAGAAGCUCACCCUCUAGACCAGAGGCUCCCAAACUUCUUGUUCGCCAGUUACAGCUAGAGGAUGUAAUCUUACCACAAACCGAGGUAGAGCUGAGGUGUGAGGCUGAGCUGGAUUAUCCUUGGCAGCGCUGUGAGACCAUUGGUGUGAGAACACAGAACAGAGGGUCAGCCUGUAACCUGUCAUGGAGCGAGGAGAUGACAUUUGACUUCACCGCCCAGAGUAAGGAAUUGUCCUUAAAAGUAUGGCAGAUACGGAGCACUGAGGGCAACCUCCUGCUGGGACACACCUCUGUGGUUCUAGGGUCUUCCAGAAAAGAGCUGUGUGGAAGGCACAUUUAUUCUCUAAUCCCAAGCUCUUCACAGUGUAAAAUCUCCAUCCCAACCAUCUCACUGGAGUUUCUUAUUAUAGAGCCUUCCAUUCCCCGAAUGACCUUGGGAGCCACACCUCAGCGGCUUAACAUAACUCCCACAAAAAAAGUUGAGAUGGAUCGCACAGUGAUGCCAGAUGGAACUAUUGUCACUACCGUAACCACCAUCCAAUCCCGGCCCAGAUUAGACGGCAUGAUUGAUUCUCCGUCAAGGUCUCCUUCUAAAGUUGAGGUGACUGAGAAAAAACCUGUUGUCUUGUCUCAGAGUUGCUCUCCAGUUUCUUCCCUUAGUGGAAGUGGUGGCUCCCCCAGUUCCCUUAAACUGGACCCAGUUGCUGAAACAGCUAUCAGGCAGCUGACUGAGCCAAGCAACAAGCCAGCGAAGAAAACGCCCACCAAACGCAGCACUUUGAUUAUCUCUGGGGUCUCCAAGGUCCCAAUUGAUCAUGAUGAAAUGGCACUUUCCCUUGGAUAUGCUGCGUCUAUGGAUGCAUCAAUGCAGAGCUGUUCCAUGCAGGGACAGGACCCACUCUUGCAUGCCUCCUCUGACCCUCUCUCCUCAGAGAUAACUACCCCCUAUGGGCCAGACACCGAUGAUACUACACGAUCAGAUGUUUCAGACCGGCCGUCUGUGGAGGAUCUAGAGUCAGAAACUGGUUCUGUAGGGACCUUGGAGACGCGUAGUCUGAAGGAUCACAAAAUGGGAUUUCUUCGAAGUGGGACCAAGCUCCUUUUUCGUCGCCGACACCGGGACCCAGGCCUUAGUCAGUCGCACAGUGACUUGACAGACACAGCCUCUGCCUCUCUUAAGAAGAGUGGGAGUUUUUCACGCCGUCUGCUCAAGCGAUUCUCCUUAAAAAGCAAAUCCAAACCCAAUGCCAAUGGAAGUACCAUAGUAGGGGACAAAUGAUGUAAAUAGGUUACUUGUCUUUGUGUUGCCACCUAACUACCUCUGUUGUAACCCCUUGUAGCUACCCUCAACUACGGGAGGCUGGUCUUUCCAAUUAGUGAGUGUGGCUGAACUAUCCACACUUGUCCGAGUGCUCUGAACAGGACUCUGCACUGCUGCGUCAACAAAGAAAAUGUUCCAAAUUGCAUAUGAAUAUACCGGUCUCCUCAUACUCUUUCCUUAGUGAAUAUGAGGCCAACUCUCUCUGGCUGCAGAUAACGGUUCUUCUGUCUUCCUUGUCUCUUCUGUACUCAUUCAGACACAGAUCUUCUAGUUUACAAUUCUGGUUUAGAUGCAAAUAUUGUCUGUUACUAUCAUCUUUAGGGAUGGCACAGACCUACAUUAGAACUUCCGCACUAACAUUAGAAGUCUGUAUUUUCCUUUGCUAGAAAAUUGAAAUUGCAGCUUCCAUGAGACAUAAGGUGAUAACGUGUUAACCCCCCACCACCACCACCAAUUUAUCCCACAUUUUUACCUGUCCUUGUGCAGCAGGAAAAUGCGUAAAGACCCUACGUGAUGCAUAUAUACAUGAGAUAUACAGCUCACCACAUCCUAUGUUGUGUGUAUUGUCGAGUUUAUUAUUAUCAUGGAAAUACAUAAAACAAAACCAUUAUCCAUUAAAUUGUGCCAGGGAGCAUGAUGGUAUUUGAUCAUGGGUUUUUUUUUUUAUAUAAAAAAACCUACUUUCCGUGGCCAAUAAUGAGUUUACGACUCAAUACAUAGAAGUGUGUGUUUUUAUUUUGUUUUUUUGUGUUCUCCAAAUAAUGUAAAUAUGUAAAUUAUUAUUUAUAAACCAGAUGGUCCUUCCCUACAACUUGUUUACAGAGGACUGGUCCCCUCAAGCUCCCUGUGUGUGCCCAACUCCACGGCUAUCCUCCUGGAAAGAGUCAAAUAGGCGUUUUAGAAUUUGGGUUACAAGCUGGGUACUAUUUCACUGAGACUUUUAUCAAAUCAUGAGAAGAAAACCUUUUAUAUUUAUAUGUUUGAACCUUCUCUGCCAACGUUGCAUCCCUCUUUAGCUAAGAAUGAUGGAAAUAUGAAGUAAAAUAUUCAAUUUAAAAUAAUGUGUUGAUAAUGUUUUAACUUAUUAAAAUAAAACGAAAUCCAUUGUGUAUCAGUUUGUUCAAAA